AGCCCGGCAGCAGCGCAGCGGGGCACGGCAGGGCGCAGGCCCCCAGCAGCGCAGCGCUCCGCUCCCCUCCGCGCCCGCCCAGCCAGCCCCACCGACGGACUCGCGGCUCCGUGGCGGCCAUGGAGCACCGCGGCGCCUCCCCGCUCCUCCUCGCCCUCGCCCUCCUCAGCGCCCUCUGCUGGCGGGCGCGGGCGCUGCCCCCGCGGGGGGCCGCCUUCCCCCCCAUCCCGCGAUUGGGAAACAGAAUGCCAUUCGAUGGAGCCAGUGAACCUGACCAUGCCCAUGGGUCACUAAAGUCUGAAUCAGACAUUUUGCAGAACACACUACCUGAAAAUGAGAAAUUCUAUUUUGAUCUGUCCAGAAUUAUUGAUAGAAAUGCAAGGCAUGCUGAUGGAAUUUUCACCAGUGUCUACAGCCAUCUUUUGGCUAAACUUGCUGUGAAGAGAUAUCUGCAUUCGCUUAUUAGAAAACGAGUUAGCUCCCAGGACAGUCCUGUCAAACGCCACUCUGACGCUGUCUUCACUGACAACUACAGCCGCUUUCGAAAGCAAAUGGCUGUGAAGAAAUACUUAAACUCAGUUUUAACAGGAAAGAGAAGCCAGGAAGAGCUAAACCCCGCUAAACUUCGAGAUGAAGCAGAACUUCUUGAACCUUCCUUUUCAGAAAACUAUGAUUCUGUAGAUGAGCUGCUGAGCCACCUCCCACUGGACCUCUGAAGGACACCUGGUAAAGUCUAUGACAAGAACAAGCUAUUUUUGAGUUCCACAUAGUAUUUCAAAGAGAUGAAUUUAGUCAUCAAACCAAAACAAAUAUGUUGUGAAGUGAAAGUUGUGAUAUAUUUGUUUCUUAUGUAAUAAAAGUUGAUAUUUACAUUGUAAAUAUUACUCUAGAGUUCUCUACUGAAAGCUGUACAUAUGGAUGCCAGUUUAACUCAUGAGAAGUCUGUGAGUCCAUAUGCUGUA